AUGGAGAGUGACCACCAGAGAAAACUGGUCUCAUCUUUCCUCGAGAUCGCUGUAGAUCAAACCGUGGAAACCGCUAUAAAGUGCCUAAACGCAACAAAUUGGAAGGUUGAAGAAGCCAUUAAUCUCUUCUUUCUCAUCGACAGAAGAAACCAAUCUUCGACACAAAAACCUUCUGAUUCUUCUACUAAAUUGUCUUCCUUGUACCGUCCUUCUCUAAAUCUGCUUUUCAACGGUUCGUUUGAAGACGCGAAAGCAACUUCCUCUAGCGAAGAUCUGUGGUUGCUUGUUCACAUCCAAUCCAAAACUGAGUUGCCUUGUAAUACACUUAACCGAGAUUUAUGGUCAAACGACGACGUUUCUCAAGCCCUUGAGUUUAGGUUUAUGUUAUGGCAAGUUUAUGAUCAUACCAAGGAAGGAAGAAAAAUCUCUAGUUUCUAUAAGAUCGACUCUGCUCCUCCUGUGGUGCUUCUCAUUGUUCCCAUUACUGGUAAGAAGAUGCAUACAUGGAGCGGCGAGAUUAAAGCUCAGAGUUUUCUUGAGGAUUUGAAGAAGUAUAUUGAUGCUACUCCUCACGAAUACUUUGCUUCUAUGGCAAGGAACAUGCGCGUAAAAACAAAAAAGAUUUGCCAUCUUGAUCGAGACAUGGCUACUUUUAUGGAAGAUGACUUUGACGAUUUUGAUGAGUCAGUAGAUGAAAGGUCUUUAAACUCAUACAUAAGGGAGGUGAAUUCUCCGUCAGAUCGCGUCGUGGUUUCUUCUUCCGGGCAAGAAUUUGAAGAUGUAAUAAUGACUUUAUCCGAACAUGAGGAGGAAACUUGUUUGUCAAGCAACAUGUUUAAGUUCCCGGUUUUGACAGAAGAGCCUAAAGGAGACUGUGAUCGAAGUGUUGUCUGCAGUAUCAGCGUUCAAUUUCCAAAUGGGAGAAGAAAGCAGAGAAAGUUUCUUAAGAGUGAACCGAUUCAGCUUCUCUGGUCUUUCUGUUAUUCUCACAUGGAGGAAUCAGAGAAGAAGGCGUUCAAGCUAGUGCAAGCGAUUCCUGGUGCUUCCAAGACUCUGCAUUAUGGAGCUAAGGCCACGUUUGAUCAAUCUGGGAUCGCUAAUUCGAUCAUUUCGGUUACUUGGGAGUGAAGAUUGCGACAUGUUGUUCCUUUUUUACAUCUUCUUGAAA